CUCAGCAGCAGGUAAAGUGAGUCACGCGCGCGCUGCCUGUCACCAAUGCGGUUCAGUAUAGAAGGAUUCAGUCAAAUUUUGCGAGUUCUUCAGUGAAAAACAGAGAGUUAUUCGGUAAGAAUAGAGUUAUUGUUCAGAAUGGUCAGGACUAUUUUCAAGAAUGGAUAAAGUCUUCCUGACUGCGGUGUGUCUGCUGUCGGCACGAGCCUCAGCAUCAGAUGAGGUUCUCCCUGAGCCCCGGAGCGUCCACUUCCACUCGGUGAACUUUAGGAACAUGGUCAGAUGGACUCCAGGAGAAAGAUCUCUCAACGAAACCGUCUACGCUGUGGAAUAUGCUGUUUACGGUGAUGAAGAUGAGAGUAACAGUGAACAGGUGAGAUGGAGGCCGGUGAAGCAGUGCACCUUCAUUCAGCAGACAGAAUGUGACGUGUCUCAGGAGACCUUUAACCUGGAGGACGAUUAUUACGCCAGAGUGAAGGCUGUCGCUCAACACACUCAUUCCAUCUGGACUGAAACCACCACCAGAUUCAAACCCAUGACUGACACCACUCUUGGACCUCCGCUGGUGGACGUGACGGUGGUGCAGAACUACAUUAACAUCACAAUGAAAGGUCCCUUCAGGUGGAAAACUAAGAAGACAAAGAAAGAAAAAUCCUUGUGGAAAAUCAUCCCAUUCAUGAUCUACAACGUUUCUGUGUACAGCAGCAGAAGAGAACACGUGCAAUCCUUCCUUCUAGAGACGUCUUCGUUGACACAGGGUCCUCUAGACUUCUCCACACGAGUUUGUGUCGUGGUGUCUGCUCAGUCUCAGACUCUUCCUUUGGCCAGCACACCCAGCCUGCGCAAAUGUGCAGAGACGCCUAAAGAUGUGUUUAAAGAUCAGAUGUUGGCUGCUAUGCUGGGUGGUGUGUUGCCCUCCGCUCUCUGUCUGUGUGUGCUCGCUGUUCUCGGGGGUCUCGUCCACUGCUACAUCACAGAUCACAAACAAACCCGGCCCAAGAGCACGAAUAUGGAUCAUGUUACUGAAAAGCAUCACACUGUACAACCCGCAAGACCCCAAACAAUCAUUCUGAAUGUGACCAAUAUAGUUAUUGAGGAACCCAAACUCUUCUCCCCUCUGCUUCUGCUGCCGCCCGUCUCUUCAGUGGGCAGAGCACAGUGUGCACCGCCUCCAGCCGCCGGACCCCAGUGUUACACGCAGCCGCAUGUGCCGGUGCCUGGCGGUUCUGCUGGUGUUGCGGCAGACUUUCAGAAUGAAUCCUCAGAGACGGACGGCUCAUGGCCGCAGGAGCACCAGAAUGAAGAACCUGAAGAUUACGGCAUCGUACUGCGGGCCGCAGCUGUGACAGAUAUGAGCCUGUACAGGUCACAGGUCAACACGACAGAACCCAGACAGCCGGACGAUGAGGAGAACGAGGAAGAAGCGCAGAUAUUUUUGGACUGGAGUCCAGACAUGUGUGAACUGAAGAUUCCUCUGGCGAGUCCUUUAGAUGUGGAGGACAGCGAGCAGACGGACACUGAAACAGAGCCGGAUGAAAUGAUGCUUCUGACUCAAGUGAUCCUGAGACAGUGUUCAGAGGACAGCUCAGAACAUGAGGACGACUUCACCAAGAUGGAGAGAACCUGGGGUCUUAUAAUCCACACCAACGCGGAAUAAACUCAACAUGUACUGUAUGUCACAGACGACAUGAAGUCAAAACACUUAACACUUAUUGUUGAUUUUUACAGAGAUGACACAAGCUGAAAUGAAGGAGUCGGCCUGUUUCUAUUAUAUGUGAAUGUAUGUAUGUAUGAACAGUGUUCAGUUUUCUUUAAAGAGAAGGGCCGUUUAAGUUUAUUUUUAAGAUUCUAUACUACUCAUCCUCCAGUAUAGCCUGACCUGUAUGUAUACUGCACACAGAAACCCAUAAUGCAAUGCACUUUACAACAUCUCUGUCUGGACUCUACCUGAAAUAUCAUGUCAUACAUGAAUUCUCAGGGUUUGUAUUUUUGAGCUGAUGACAUAUAGUCGACUUCAGUAUAAAAAGGUUUAUCCAGGAAUAACUCGCUUACUCUAGUAAAUAUAUGUAGAACGUGUACAGCACACAUAGUGAGUUCAGUAGAACAUAUCUACUCUUAAUAUGGAACACUUCUGACACUUUAUUGAAUCUGUUGCUAUUACACGACUGAUUCAAUAUUUUUUAGUAUUGAUGAAUAUUGUGUGCAGAACAAAAAGAAAUCAAUUUUCUGUUUUAGAAAAAGAGUGCCAUGACAUAUAUUUUUUAUAGAAAUAGUAUAAAUGUGUUUAUAUUCAUAUGAAAUAACUACUAUUCGCAGUGGGAGAUAACUAAUUAGAUUAGAUUAGAACAUGUGUGAUGACAUGUUCCAUAACUACAGUUCUGUUAUCCUUUAACUGAACCAUACGCUGAAGACUGAUGACAGAUUACAGACAGCUGUUAUUCUGAUCAUCAGUUAUUUUCAUUAUACAUGAUAAUCAUGUCUUGAGUUUACUUUCUGAGAAGACAUUUAAUAAAUAUAAAGUAAUGAAAUAUUAA